AUGAAGCCAAAGAUUCGGAUUGCGGAGCUUACGCGGCUACAGGAGGAGAAUACGGAGCUGCGACGGCGAGUCGAGGCUGGUGCUUCGGAAGAGCAGUGGGAAGCUUGGCUGCGAGAUGCGGCUGACAAGAUUCAGGGAUGCUGGCUAGAACGCUGGUGGAAGCAGCGGCUUCUCUUUCUCAAGGGCCAGAUCCUGCAGGAGGAAUGGGGCAUCCGCUCCGCAACGCAAGUUUUGCUGAAACAACAAGCGGCCCUGCGGGCUUUGCAGAGGAUUCUGUCGCCGAAGGCAAUGACUUCAUGGCUGCCAGCCGCGAUGCUGUGGCCCGUGCGCACCGCAGCAAUGCUGCCCGGAAAGCGUUGGAUUGGCGAGAAGGUUCCAUCCAAGCGGAUGAACAUGUUCGAGCCCUACCUCACAACAAUCUUAUGGUUUGAGAAAGCUCCAGAUCUUACGGCCAUCGCAGAUGCCUUUGAGAAGCAUUUGUGGCCGUGCCAUCGCUUCAACUCCUGCAUUGAUGGCAGGCAGUGGGUCAGAAGGCAUGAGCAGAUGGACAGAGGCUUUCACUUUGUUGAAGAACACUGUGAGACCGAGUCCGCGGUCGAGGAGUUUGCCAUGCGGACCCAGCUGCAGGCACUUCCGGCUGACCAUCCCAGGUGGAGGAUAAUCCGUGUGACCACUCCUCCUGGUCAGCCAUCAGCCAUUGUCAUACACGCCCAUCAUGCCCUUGGAGACGGUUUGGGAAUGUUGUUUGCAAUGUCACCGAUGCUGGGUGUGGAAGGCGGGAACCCGCUUUCAACAGUGCCCUUGCCCAACGCUAUCCUUCCGCCGUUUGCACGGAAGCGUGGGCAGACGGGUGGCGAGACGCGCAGAACCCGCUGCAACCUCGGCGGCUGCCUGUCCACCGCCUUCAAAAACAUCCGCUACUUCUUUCGCGGCUUCUUCGUCAUGAUGGUCACAGGUCACGACACGGAGCUAGGCAUCAAUGAGCAGCUCCAAAAGAGAAACCCUCUGCUUCCAUUCUCAGGGAAGCGGCAACUUACCAGGUUCCCGGUGGUGCCCUUGUCACUGAUCAAGAAAGCCAGGGAGAAUCACAACUGCACCUUGAAUGACAUCGUCAUGGCUGCCGUAACCGGAGCAUUUCGGAAAUACUGCUUGGAAGUCUGCAACGAGGAAAGGCUGCAAAGAGGAGACCAGGUAGAGUUUAAAUCGAUGGUAAUGAUUGCGCUACCCCGGGAGUGCAGUGCUUCCGAGCCCAGCAUAGCCUUGCGCAAUAAGAUGCUUUUCACCAGCGUGGAGUUGCCCUUGUCAGAGCCCUCCCAAGCUGCUCGUGUGCGCAAAACCGUAGAAGGCCUCAACGGCCUGAAGUCCGCUGCGUACAUGUCGGGUGUGAAGCUGUUUUCAGACUUCGUGGCAAACAUUGCGCCCAGGGCCUUUCUGAACAAGGCAGCGGGAGAGACUUGGUCAAAGCACACGGUGCUCGUCACAAACGUUCCUUGCACGUCUGUCCCACUGACAUUCCCGGAGGAAAGUGGCGAAGUGUUGCGAGGCAUAUCCGUCGUCAUCGCCAACGUCAUGUCCCAGGUGUCCGUCGUUUCCUACAACGGCAACCUCUACGCGACGCUUGUUGCAGAUCCAGACUUGAUUCGCGAGGCAAAGAAACUUGGCGAAUUGUGGAUGUCCGAGAUCAAGGAGCUGGCAGCGGAGCAGUAG